CCGGCCAGUGCCUCUGCUUCCGACUCGAGUUCUCUCCGCACGCCCGCCCGCAGUAUGUCCGAGACCGCACCCGCAGCGCCUACCGCCCCGGCCGCCGCCGAGAAAGCGCCGGUGAAGAAGAAGGCCCGCAAGGCUGCUGGCGCCGCCAAGCGCAAGGCGUCUGGCCCCCCGGUGUCUGAGCUCAUCACUAAGGCCGUGGCCGCCUCAAAGGAGCGCAGCGGCGUGUCGCUGGCCGCGCUCAAGAAGGCGCUGGCGGCCGCCGGCUACGACGUGGACAAGAAUAACAGCCGCAUCAAGCUGGGUCUCAAGACCCUGGUGAGCAAGGGCACCCUGGUGCAGACCAAGGGCACCGGCGCCUCGGGCUCCUUCAAACUCAACAAGAAGGCGGCCUCCGGGGAGGCCAAGCCCAAACCCAAGAGGGCGGGCGCCGCCAAGCCCAGGAAGGCUGCUGGGGCUGCCAAGAAGCCCAAGAAGGCCGCGGGCUCGGCCACCCCCAAGAAGAGCGCCAAGAAGACCUCGAAGAAGGCGAAGAAGCCGGCGGCAGCUGCGGGAGCCAAAAAGGCGAAAAGCCCUAAAGCGAAAGCAGCCAAGCCCAAGAAGGCGCCCAAGAGCCCCGCGAAGGCCAAAGCGGUGAAGCCUAAGGCGGCCAAACCGAAGGCCGCUAAGCCCAAAGCUGCGAAGCCAAAGAAGGCGGCGGCCAAGAAGAAAUAAGUUCCUUUGGCCAACUGUUAAAAGCUCAACACAACCCAAA